CGAUUCUUGCCUCAUCGUUUGACGCAUUUUUCCUAUGUAGUCCCACAAAUGUCGACGAUGGUGCAGCAGAUAUGUAGGAGAAGGAUGCAAAAAUCAUGUAAAGGCCUUUCCCAUGUUAAUCAUGAAGGGACUUUCCUCGUGAGGACUUUUUCCGAAGGGCUCUACGCAGUACCUCCCUGCUGCUGUUUCCAGUGCUGCGCGUAAAAAUCUGCAGCCCUCGACCACGAUGGGGAGUUCGUCGUGGUCUGCUUUCCUGUGGCUGAACGUGGUAUCACGCUUCUCACAACCUGGUUUCAACAGCUCCGUUUCUGCCUUGCGAACAACCGGUGGACCACGAGCAGGUGCUGCAGCUCCAGAACAACAUCUUCACGUCGGAUCAAUAGCGCAUUCUGGUGGAGAUGAAAAGUCGGAUGUUGAUCAAGGUAGGGCAGGAGAUGAGGUACUGCUUGGUACUAGCACGAGCACUACCAGGCCAAGGAGGAACACAGAAGAUGGAGAUGCAGCAGUCUCAGAAAUUGUACCUGGGGUUGAAGAUGUCAGGGGCGUAAUCAGCAAUAGGUCGUUCUUGAAGAAGCGGAAAAUUAUAACAGCCAGCGACGAGGAACAAGGACGUAGACACUCUCCUGAUAGACGGGUAGAAGUUCCUGCGGAUGAAGAUAUCACUGGAGCAGGGCAAGCUUUUAUCGAGAAAACUGCUACAGAACGCAAAGAUCAUGCUAAUCAGAAUCAACAAGAACAACCGGAAGUAGAUGAAAACUUUUCCACGUCGCGGUCGCGCCCGUUGCUGACAAGAAGGAGAACCAGUACUACAACUACUUCGAACAAUAGAUCUGUACCACCUGCUUCACGAAAUAGAAACCUGGCGGCUUCGGAUUCAACAAAACUUUCUUUCCUCUCAAGAACAACCUCAAGAACAUCGAAGCGGACGAUAAGGAGUGGGGUAGCUCGUGUCACAAGCAGAAGCACAACCGAAGAACAACGACAAGAAAAGAGAAAACAAAUAGUCCGACUAGAGAACACGAGCAAUGCUGCUAAAUCCGAUCUCCCACAAGAACUUCCUCCGUGGCAGUGCAAGACCUUUGGCAGCCCGAUUACGGAUCCCUGGAACGCUAUGGAAGCGUCAGGAUUGAAAUCGUCAAAGUUGAAAUAAUUUCUGAUGCAUAAAUUGCAAUGCAUGGAGUGCCUCUCUUGCAGGGGCGGCAAGUGAGGCCGACUCUUAGCCUGUUUGGGGUCUGCGAUAGAGCUGCUAAAGUGGCCUGACAAAAGACGCCUUUGCUCCCUAAACAGCAUGACAGACUGGAUUUGGACGGUGCCGAAAUUUGUUAUGCACCGCUUAGAAAUUGGGCUUGCAACUGGUAUCGGUUUUAUGCAUGACAAACCAUUUUAGCUUUGUCGCUUUCAAAUCUGACACACCCAUAAACGCCCCAGAAUUGCAGGAGUGCCGAGAUAACACCUUCGGCCCGACGGUGGUUUACACCGAUGGGAGAAACACGGGAAAAACUGGGUGCAACCAAGACGUGAACGGGGGUCAAGGAAACUGUAAAUGUAUCCAGGAAAAAAAAUGUGUAAGUGUAACUUUGUAGGAGGAGCAGCAUUACAAAUUCGUUUUGCAUAUACAGGGAAAUAAUUAUAAACCUGUCAUGCGCAGCUAGUACAACGUGGAAACACCACGUAUGAAAGUAGCCUAUGACGCAGAUCCAGCAUGACAAGUGAAAGUGUAACAGUUUUGCACUUUCUGCAUUACAGAGUUCCACUUACACAGUUUUUUUCUUGCAUAAAAUGCUGCGAACUGUCGGAUUACGGCAAGAGGGAGCAAAUUUUGUUCAAAUGUGCCGCCACACCGGUCUGCUUUGACGUCUCGGAGCAAAAAGUCCCCCACGAUACUGCCAAGAAAGAAUUGGACAACAAUUUCCAGGAAUCUAUAAUUCGGUUUUUGAACGAAUUCAAGUUUCAAAUCGGGGACAUUUUGUUCACGGGCGGGGGCGAAGAUAAUAACAACAAACUCGCGCCGGGUUGUUCGCAGGUAAACUCGGAUGGAAAAUGGGAAGAAAAUUUCAAUUGCCAGUGUUGCGAGUUAACGUUUGUGGGAGACAACGCCGGAAAAGGGAAUGGGAGCAAUAGAGGUUCCUCGACAUCAUCCGGUGGCACGACUCAAGAUUCCCAACCACUGUCCCGAAGCACGGAAGCACCGCCUUUCGAGGUCUCUUCGUCCUCGAGCGAGGCUCCGCUGCCGUCGUCUGUAGAGGCUAGUAGUGGGGAAGGACAAACUGGCACAGCUACUCGUCCCGGAGACAGUGACGCCAGCACCUCUCUGGAGCAAGCAUCUGCAGACGAUGGAACAAUGACGAUAGCGGAGCUCUGGACACGUGCAACCACGGACUACCUUCCGUUUUGCAUCGCCGGGGCGAUCUUUCUCGCGUGCUUCCUCCUCGCUUGUGUGUUGAUGUGUGUCUUCUGCAAAGACGAUGCUGAAAACCUCCUGGAUUCGUCCUCGUCUGCCGGAGCCGGCGGGGCCGGAACAAACAAACGCGGAAAGAAAACAAUUACAUCAAAGAAGAACUCUAAGUGGAUGACAAUCUUCGACCCGGCCUCUGGCAAGCAGUACAAGGUUCCUUCAGACCAGCCGCUCCCCACGGGCGCAGUGGUGAUCAGCAGAGAAGGGUCUAUUCCGGGGGCACAGAUGGCAGAGCAGGAUGUUAGUACUUCUGAGGAAAGCAGCGCGGCGUCUUCCGCGGGUACUAGCAGGAAGAAACUAAAGGCGACUUCUUCCAGGACCGCGAACAAACAGAGUCAGAAGGGUCCGCCGGUUUCCAGUCCCAGUUUAAUGUUCAACAACGCGGGAGGACAAGAAAGAACACUAAAGGGCGGGUAUGGUAGUGGUCCCGGUCCUCGUGGUGCGCCUUCCCCUCCGACUACCGUUCGAGACAUGCGCGGGACAAUGAAUAUGAAACAAAGUACGUCAACCGUGAUUCUUCCCGGAACUAGUACAACCCCAAGUGCUGGUACAACUACGAAAAGCAGCGCGAAAGGAGCCGGUGGCUCUUCUGUCCGGGGUGUUUCCGCAACUACCUCCUCUCCACCGCCGGGUAUCGAUCUGGGUAACCUCAGCAAGAAGGUACUGAGCAUGAUGACGACACCAACUAGUAGUGCGCAACCGUCGAAAAAGAGCAGAGUCGCCGGCUCAACUACUUCACAGCAAAAAGCGUCGAAGCAGGGGAAAUCAAAUGCAAGCCUUUCGUCGCAGAUGAAAAGUACAAAGUCGACAACUGGUGCACAAGAGGUAGUUGCUGGCCCAGAAGUGGACAGCAGCGAUAAAGAGGCAUUUGUCACACCGUCGAUGAGAAAGAGCAUGACGGGGGCGCUGAGAUCUGGAAUGGUGCAACAACCGGAUGUUGAAUCAGGCCUGGUGACCUCCAAACAGCGGUCCAGUGUAGUUUCCAGUGGUCCUCGAGUCUCAUCUUCCGAGGGUAGAAGUUCGGCCAGGAACAUCAAGGUUGCAAAAAAGAAGAAAACAACCGAGCAGCAGCCGUCCUUGCAAAAAGGCAUUUUGACCGGGAUGUUUCAGAGUCUUGAGACGGCCUAUGCAUUGCAAAAAUGUCUGGGUCUGGAAGAGUGGAACUUGUAAUGCUAAGUCUGGAUCGUGCAAAAAUCUGUGUUGCAUGAAUGCCAAAAGUUGUCCUCUUUUGACCAAGUUGGGAGGAGGUUUCUCAUGCAGGAUAGGCACGAUAGAAGUCUCACAGAAUCUGUCAUGCUAGGGCCUGCAUUCCAAACGACAUGAAUCAUGGAAAAUCUGCAUGACAAAUCUCGCAAUCUCCCAGACCCAGACAUUUUUGCAUUUGAUACGGCCCGGGAGAAAGCAAAAAGGGAGGAGAAAAAACAGAAGAAACAGAGUAAGGAUUAUGUUGAUAAAGGAGACCAAGGCGUAUCUGUAUCAGCGUACGCAGCCUCUGCGCUACCACUGGACUUAAGUGCAGCAGCUGCUCAAGCCCAAGCGGUAGAUGAAGAGCCAUCCUCGAUGUUAAAGUCAGGCCUUUCUAGCACAUUGGAAAAGAGCAAGAAGAGUACAGUUUCAAAGGAAGUAGAAGCACGGAACAAAAUGAAAUCCCAAGCAGGAGGAGGAUUUGAAACGAUAAUUUCCCAGACAGGGGAAAUCGAAAGGAUAAAGCCAACUGCCUCUGCCAAGGGUGUUGUUGACAACAUCGGUACUGGUUCAACUGUCGCGGUUACAUCCGGCAGGGUGUCCGCUUCUAAGGCGAUGUUUGAAAAACUUUCGGGAGACAAACCGGCGGCGAAAGUCCUGGUAAAAACUUCAAGCAGGAAUAAGGAGAUGCAGGAACAAAGGGACGACGACGGCGCUCUUGUCAGUGCUGGUGGAAUUAUGAAUAGAACCAAGCAGAAGUCAAAGUCUUCUUCUGACGAGGGCGAAGAGAAUAUCGAGAGAGAUGACAUCAUCAAACCUCCUCCAGCACCAGCGGUGAGCCAGCCCUCCGGAUUUCCUCGGGCCAGCCUUGUCGCGGCGGCACUGGCGGCGCAGAAGGAGAGGGAGCAGGUUGCUGGGGGCGGAGAUCUAAUUGAAGGGACUACUGCUGGUGGUGACGUCGACAUAACUCUAACAAGAGCAAGCCAGCAGGUGCAAGAAGGAUCCUUCGGGCCGAUGAAAUCCUCCGGUAUGCAUUGCAAAAGUAUCGUGCUCGUACUAAUUAUUGCACACGUGCAUGACUACAAAUCUUCUCCCUACGGUAAAACAGCAUUACAAAUUCCGCUUUUCUUCUCCUUGACAAAAUUUGUGAUGCAAUUUUUACUAUAUACGAGAGUACUUUUGUAGUGCAUAUCCGGCGGAGAAGUUCAAUCCGGCGAACCGGUGGAAGAGGAUGAUAAUACCCCAACGAGAAGAGCGCCGUCCAUUGUAGUGACCGGCAACCAGCCGGUGAGUUUCGGGUGAUGGAGUCAUCAACAUCUAGCCGUGGUCGUGUUGGGCAUGAUUUUCAUUUUUGUCAUCUUCUACGAUAACACGCACGGUAAAUUUUGAUUUUCGCCUUCUGCUUGAAUAUAUUUCUGCUCAUAGAUCAGAGUCACACGUUAGCACAAAAAUCUUUGUAUACCCGCAUGAUUCAUGAAAAAAAUACCCCACAAGAUCCCCAUUGAGAUUGACUUUGAUGAGUUUAGUACUUUUAGUACUCGACUUCCACCCUAAUUCGUAAUUAUUUGCUCAAAGAGAAUACUCACCGAUGUCUGCUGCUUUGCAACAGGAUACGCGGAAACAAUUUCGGUAUGAUCACAGCAUCUUUUUCGGAUUGCUUGUGUAGUUUCGGUCACAUGUCACAGUGAGAGUUUUCUCGUUUUCUUGCAUCGGUCUGUGGUGCUCGUGCAAGAAAAGCUUCG